AUGGCCCAGCUGAGAGAAGAGCUUAAAAUGCAUAAAUUAAAGACGACGGGCAACAAAGCUAAUUUGAUGACGCGAUUGAAGGCGGCUCUAAUCCUGGAGAAUCAACACGAAGAAGAAAACGAUGACGACAGAUCGAAGACGAACGAGACGAAGCUGGUGCUGAAAGACGACAAAUCAUUGAAGACAACAAAAUUAAUAACGGAAGACAAGAAGUCUACUCAGAAAACGUUAGAACCUGUGUCAUCCAAGAAACCCGUGGAUGUGGUCAAGAAAGCAAAGAGAGAAAAGCGCGACGAUUCCAUGGACGGUGAAAACAGCGAUGUUGAAAACAAGAGAAAGUUGAGAAAGCUGGAAAAACCAAAAUCCAGAAAAGUAUCGACGGACGAAGAUAAGUCUAACAAAAGCAAAGCAGAAUCCAAUUUGGAUUUCGACCAUGACAGAAAAUAA